CGCUUGCGUGUGUGUUUGACUGUUUGACAUUUGCCUGAAGCCAUUACUAGGUAGGUCUAAUCUGACAGAUAUGAUGGAUGAUUACUCAGACACAGCACACAUGCUCUAACAGUACACACACGAACCUGUUGUGCAUGAGCUACAUUGUCACCUUUCUCUCUGGUUUUAUACUCAAAACUCUAAUUAGAAAAAUAAAAUAAAAAAUAUUGGCCAAGGCUCCAGACAGACAGAAAAAGUCAGAAAAAAGCUCCUGUCCCACUUUUCUAUCUCGUCCGUAUGAAAUCUGUCUUCUGUUUCUACUCUCCGGAGGUCAUGAGCUAACCAAAAAUGUACAGACCUCAGCAGACCUUGGUCAGCCUCUCCAUUAUUUGGGUUAAAGCUGAGCUCCAAUCGGUAGAACUAUUUUAAGGCAUCGGCUGCUGCUCGCCCUGUACUUCCUAUCGCUCUCUCUGUGGAAACACGGAGUCAUUGAUCUAUUGCCUAGCAGCCCUCCUGCACUUCCCCACCUCUCAGUGAGAACCCACAAAGCAGCUUUCACCUUCAGAUGGCAUACCGGCUAUACUGUAAGGUAAUGAAAUACCAUUGUGGAAGAAGACCAGGUGAAAAUGCUUUAAGUGACACCGUCACCUUUACAUGACAAAGACCUGAGCCUCAGCAGAGGUUUCUGUUUUGUGUUUGGUACACCGCAACUGUGAAUUGUAAUUCAUAAAUUACAGUCUCUGUGACACUUGCCCUGUGUAACAUUUGAGAAUAUAAAAGUAUUCCUCAGGUAUGGGAACUGAAACAAAGAUAAAAUGCUGCCUGACUCUCCAGCCAAGCAUUAAAUAGCCUGGCGGAGCACAAUUGCUGAUGAUGAUGAACAAAGAGCCCAUGCGCCUCACUUGGAGAGCGUUCUCUGUUUCUGUUUUGCUGUUCAGAGCGGAGCCUAGUUUUUUAUUUAUUUAUGUAUUUUUUAUUAAAUGUCUUUUUGGAGAGGAUCAUUUAACUGAAGCAUGACCUUGUACAUGUUUUUAUUCAAUAAACCUCUACAGCACAUAAGAUUUAAACUUCUUUCUAUGGAAAAUUUAUGAUGCAAUUUCAUGAUGUUUUAGGAAAGACUGCUAAAGUGUCACUUAAGAGAAUUUCAGAAAAAUAUCAUUAUUAUGGUUCUGUUCAUACCUAGCGUUAUUAUGGGUCUUGGAGGAUUCAGUCACCAGUGGAUAGCUCUAAGUAAGCUAAAAUGCACAAAUGCAUGCAGGAUGUAUUGAGGAUGCAAUGAAAUCCGAUUGCUCAGACCAGGUGGAAGGUGUCCUGGAUCUGGUCUGAGCAAGCUGGUCUUUCUUUUUUAACUGGGAAUGUUGACAACACAUCCUUUUAUGCCUCAAUAACCCUAUAUCAAAUAACAGAACAUAUCGAUUUUAUGUUGCAGUUAAGUAAAGUAAGUGAACCUAUGUGUCUGUAUAUUUUGUUACAGUGGAUUGUGGGUCUUAUUCCAACUGACUGGAGCAAGUCUAAAUGAUAAUUUCAGGUAACAGGCAUUUCCCAAGUGUGGCUAUAUAGUAUGUAUAGACAGAUAUUAGCUGAAAAAGAGAGCUUGUGUAACAAACAGCUACUUGAAGUCUUGUGCACAAGGCUCUCUUCUUGCAAACAGCUGAGCUAAGAUGCAUGUAAAUGCAUGACCGCAGCCUAUCACAAUAAUGCCUGACAGUCGGGACUUUUUUUUGCCUUACUUUGAUCAGAUGGGAGGUCGCCGUAAAAGCUUAACCUGUCUUGGCUUGUCAGUACUCAGUUCAUUGGACAGGAGGAUGAGCAGCAGGAGAAAGGAUUGCUGGAGAAAACUCAUGUCCAUAAAUAUCUCACAUUCAUCCUCUUUUCCUCCGGUCUCUCUCUGUUUCUCCCUUCUUUUGUGUUAUGUUCUCUUAGCUCUCUGCCAAUGGCCAGUCUAAAAAAGGUGAGAACAGAAAAUGGCACGUUUAAAUCUGUGUGUGUAUGUAUGUGUGUGCGUUCAUUAAUUAGACUGUCUGCUUGCUUCUUGGGCGCCUUAUCUCUUAGAGAAAAAGUCAAUGCAUUCAAACUGUUUUUCAAAAGGAUGAGGAGAUGAAUGUUAGCGUAGUUAAGAGGUGUGGAGUUUUAAAUUCAGACAAAAAUCUCUUGAGUCUGUGUCUGAAUAAUUUUUGUAUCAAGAUAAUUUUGACUUACAAUUUUGACUCAUGAAAACCUUUAUUUCAUCUAUAAGCAGGAAGAAAUGAGCCUUUUCCUGCAAAUUAAGGCCCCCCCUUAAAAGCUAAUCCAUCUCCGAUAAGCACUUGAGGGAGGGGCACGUAACAGUGAUAAUGCAACUAUUGAGACAUCUCGUCACUGUGACUUGUGUUACGGUUCACCAGCAAUCACUGUGUUCAUUCAAAGGUUCACCCUGCUCCUACUCAGUCACCACUUUAGUUUACAUAGCUUGUCCAGCCAUGUUGGGUUCCUGUUGCAGACUCUCCUGCUAUGUCUUUGUUUGUUUUGGUAAUGGAUUCCAAGUUGGUAUUGUUGCUUAUGUCACUUGGUGAUUGAUGGGAAAAAUUCACCUUCUCUUAACCCCCCCUUCACCUCCCAAAAGCCAUCCUUGUGUGCCUUGCGGGGUGAACACACAGUAAGUUCCAUCGCAUUCUUCUGACAAAGUGACUCGCUGGCAUCCGGAUGCUCGCUUUUUGGACCAGCGAGCCGUGUCUUUAAAUCAAGAAGGCUCUUCUGAAAACAAGGUGGAAUCUGUGUGGCUGUGACAGUGUAACUUCCAAAGCGAAGGCUGAGAUUAUAUGCGUGGACGGUUUGGGGGUCUUUCUAUUCAUCGCCCUUGUCGCCCCAUGGAGAAGGACUAAUUGGUGGCCCCAAAGAACCCCCUGUUUUGUCCCCGCUGCUCACAAAGGCAUCUGGGUGCGGUCGCGUAGAGGAUGGGGGUGGAGGGAUGCAGCAAUGGCGAUGGAGAGAAGAGCAGGUUUCCCAUAGAAUAGUUGGCUGAGAUGAACUUGAGCUGGGGAGGAGGGGGGUCCUCACACCACUGGGUUUGCAAGGGGACAUGACACACUCGUUCACUCACCCACUCACUCAUUCACACGCUCACACAUAUACACCCUCAGUGGGGGAUUCUGGUGCCAGUUGCUGGCCUUCUAGUCUACAAAUGAUCCUAGGCUGACCCACAUAGUCAGCCAUGUGUGAGGCUUCCCUUUAUCCCGAAGCCCAGUUGAAACACUGAGUUAUGGGUGUUUUCUGGUGCUCCCUGCCUUCUCGGCUGGGACUGCACAGGGGCCCCAUGUGGGACGACAUUGUUCACCCCGACCCAAGGACAAUGAAGCUGUUGGCUGGGCUGAGAGAGAGAGAGAGAAAGGGAGGGGAAAAAGAUGGGUAGAAGGGAAAAAGAAAGGAGACAGAGUGAAAUAGAUUGCGAUGGACAGCCAAUAGCUGGAAAGAGAAAGAGUGGAUGAGUGGCUCAAAUGGAAAGAUAGGAGGUAUAGAAAAUGAUUGGGGGGAGAGAUUACACCUUUGGUAACAGAAGAAGAAGAGAUACGAAGGCAGUAAGACAGAUGGUGAGAUUGACAGCGAGCUAAAGACUGAGCCAGUAUGAGAAAGUAUUGAUUGCAGCGUGUGCUGGGUGUCUUCAGCUGUCGUGGCUGAUCCAGAGCGAGGUCGUUAGUGUCUGCGAAGCAUGGAGCCACGGACAUUAGUGGCUCUUUAACAAACUCUGUAUUGAUUGGGACUUAGAGGAAGACUUACAUGUAUACCAAGGGAUAAUGUCCUGUAUGUAAUUAGCACCAAGGCUGUGACGGUGACAUUGCACAGGACGUAAAGAGGGAAACCUUCAGUUGCAAGAAGAAAAAUGCACUUUUUUAAAAAAAAAAAGAAAAAAGUAAAAUCUUCAUUUGAUCAUUUCUCAUUUAGCAAUUUUAUGAGGCUUUUAGCCUUUUCACCUUCACCAAUAGUCAAUCUAUAUUCAUGCAUUUAUGCUGCUAAAAGCAGCCGAUGAAGCUAAUGCCAAUAGUUUAUCUUAAAGGCAUAAAAAGGAUAAAUCAGAGAACUGGAGCUACAAAGGUUUCAAGGAUCAUUUAAUUUGUUCCUAUUCCCUUCUCACCACCAUAAUUUCUCCCUCUCCAAUUGAACAUGAUUUGUGGCUGGACUCGGCUCUCAAAAGAGGGCAAUUUAAUUGACAAAUGACUUUGAAGCUAAUCCAGUGAUUGAGGUGACUGAGAGAAAGUGUUGACUCAUAUGCAGCGCAGCAGGUCAAGCACACACAAUUAAAAAGUGUAUAUUUACUGAUUCUGUUGCUGUUUUUUUCACGUGUGCUCGCCUGAUAUUACACUGUUGCUUCUUCCACUAGGAUGAAAUUCUUUUUCUUUUCAAAUAUCAUACAAUGUGUGGGAGUCGUCUAUGUUAUGUGUAGCAUAUAUACAUAUAUAUGUGUCUGCUUGUCAACACAGACACACACAUCCACGCACCCUUGCUGAGUAUGAUGUUUAUAUUACCCGAGACAAGCAGAUUCAUCUGUGAGACGUCUCUUUCUUGAAGUAGUUCCUCUGAGCUAUUUGUUUUGACAUUUUGCAGCAUUGGCAUCCAUAGGUACAGUUGAAAGAUGGUGCUGAAUAGGAUGAUAAAAGCUGCUGGUUCCUGCAGCAGUACAACAGGCAGCUGAUGUAUGUCACCUGUCAUGUUUUAGGUGCAUCUGGGAAGAUUAAACACUUGUUCGUGUGGGACAGUAAAGAGUCUGUGGACAUUUUAGUCUGCAUCUUUGCAAAGAGUUUGGCAUCAAAGGCUUUGUUGCAGUUAAUUGCUUGUAGCAUUAAAGAAUGUACGACAAAGUACUGAUUUCAAGGCUUUUCGUGUGCUUCAGUCAGUGGCACUUCUGCGUUGCCUCAUUUGAGUUCUUAUUCUCAGCUCAUAUUCCAGCUUCUCCUCAGUUUACCACAUAACCUAAAUAAAAACAAAGGAAUUGAUGGUUUUUCUCACUGUGUGCGUGUGUGUGUUUGCACGUGGGAGCGGUGUCACUGAUUAAUGAUCUUCAUAUGCAUCUUUCAGCACACAUACAUGCACACCAAACCAAACCAGUAGCUCAUGAUCAAAAGCUUAGACUUAAGUGCUGUGUGUACGCAGCAUGCUCGCUUCUGGAACCCAUUUUAGAGUGGGGUAAAACCACAUGAAAGGUCUGCCCCUAUCCUCAGACCCUUAUCCCCAUCCCUCCAUUUUUUAAAUCCCUACCUCCUUCCUUCUAUUGCUGUUAGAAGAUUAGACAACUUUACUGGAUCUUAUAAUCAGAGAUGUCAACCACAGAUUAAAAUACCCAACCGAAUGCAUUUUGAUAGCUCCCAAAAAAGAAGGAGACAUAUGCAGGUCAUUACGCUUUUUCCUCAAAGACAGCUGCUGCCUCUGGAUCUCAGGACUCCCUGAAAGUCUCUGGCAUAAAUGGAAGGUAAUUACCAUAUCAGAGAUCAAGACUCUGGGCUCUGACACCACUUUUUCAAUUACUCAGAAAGGUUGUUAAGAUGCAAAUUCAACAAAAUGGCUCAAACCCCCAGAGAGGGAUACAGUUUCACACCCAAAGCUGCUUCUUAAGUUUCUUAGCUCAUCACAUUUUGACAGACAAAGAGAAAGAUAGAGGCAGAGAUAGACUCUGGGUGGGGUGAUGCAGGCGAUCUAUAAUUCAUUCAGUUUGUUAGCAUGACGACUCAACGUCUGUCAUCUGAACACAAACUUAAUUUUAAUUGUGCGCUCUUGGCAGCGGGUCUUCAUUUUAAAGCAUGAAAAAUCACCGCAUUCAAACUCGAUUCGGGUCUAACUUUGUGAUGACACUGUGGACGGGGGAGAGGAGAAUAUGGUUUUUCACAUUAAAUAUACACGAGAAAGUUUGGCUGUCCUUAAACCGAGGUCUGUAUUUCCCCCUUAAAACUUCGCAAGUGUCUCCAUGCCAUUGCAUAUGGAGGCAACUCAUUCCGACUAUCCGUUCGUUUGCUUUUCAGAGUUCUAAUAUUUGGUUUUCUUGGAUUAUGUCUUGCAAUGUAGAUGAAUUAUGCAGCAGCAAUGUACAGUAUAGUACAUCUCUUGCUAUAGUUAUGCAAAUCUGGGAUUCUGCCCUUAGCGCAAGCUCAGAGGAAAUGAUUUGCAUUAUAUGUAAGGUGGAUGUUGGAAAGAUAAUAAACAAAGUGGACUCAGUCAUGACAAACUGGAUGUGGACAAAAUAAAAAAAUGUCCACAUUGGAUAGAAUGAAAUAACAAAAAAAUCUCUUGUUUUGUUUGUUAAAGCUGAGCAUGUAACUCACUUGUUAUAAAUAACAUAGCUUCUGUACAGUUUCCUUGCACUGACUAAAACAUAAAGAAAUCCAAAGAAUAUUUUAUUUUGUAUGGCCUGUUAGGAAAUUGGCUCUAGGUGUAAAUUUGAAUGUGAAUGGUUGUCUAUGCGUCAGAGUUAGAGUACCCUGCCUCUCGCCCUGUGACAGCUGGGAUGGGCCCCAGCCCAUUCCUAACCCUGAACUUAAUAAGUGGAAGAAGAUGGAAUGAUGGCUGUUUACUUCUUAUGAGUCCAUUUUGAUUAAAUAUCUCUACAACAAGAAGAUCUGAGGGUUUACCAGUGGGAACCAACAGAAACUGUAAUUUUGAUGCUGUCGAAAAGCUGAAAAAUUUGUUUUCGCUAACCGCCUGCCUGACGGUCUAGGCGACUGACCAACAUUUGGCGUCCUUACAAACCCAAUGCUCUUGCUACCACUGGGCUAGCAAGAUCUGACUGAUAUGAACACUGAGUGAAACUGGCAUACCCUGUGUUUGUGCUAAUUUCACAGUUUCAAGGCACUGAAAAAGAAGAAGAAAAAAAUCAAGACCUUUUUAGAAAAUGUUUUUGAGAGGACUAGAUGGUGCAUCUUUAUUGAACUUUAAGAGGUUUUUUUUUCCACUAAAGCUACCAGUGGAAUAAAACCAGAUAUAAGAAUGAUCACGGCUGUACAGGGAGACUUAGAGGAAAUCAUCAGAAGAAGUUACUAAAAGAUAUGGCAGACUCUGGUUGGACUGGUGCUGCCAGGAAUGCUGGGAACACUCUAUAUAUCUAUGUGUGUGUGUGUGUGUGUGUUCAUGGGUGUACAUUUGAGUGCCAGGGCCUGGAGGAGGGAAGUCUCUUGCUGAGGUCAUGCCAUGUAAGCCUCUCCUCUGGGGCCCACCCUGCCUGGCAGCCACACACACACACUGGAGCUAGCUCCACACGGAGACUUGAGGAGACUCCGCGGCUUUGUGCUAUGAAUGGCUCUCUGUUGACUCUGUGUUUCCCUCAUCAUGAUGGCCUCAUUAUGACGGACCUGAAUUGUGUUGGCUUGGAUGUGUGUGUACGUGUGUGUUUUUGAGUAAACUGAAAAAAGGAGGAGAAAAAUGAGAAGAAGAUUGACAGAUCCAGUGACACAAAGGCCUUGAUGUGCGUUCAUGUGCAGCAUGUUCAUUCAGUGUGUGCAUCUGUGUGUGUGUGUGUGCUCAGGGGGUAUUCACAUUUACUAGAGUGCUGGAGUGUAUCAACAGGAUGUUUCUUCUCGGUGAAUACUUUUGGUAGGAUGUCUUUAUAUAGUGAAAGAACAGGACUCCUACAGUUUCAAGGAAAGCACUGAGGGGCUUAUGUAAUAAUUCAUUAAACUACAUAUUAUACAUCAAGUUUGCUUUCUAUUGUUGCUCCUGUGCCUUGUGUUUCCCUUGACAGUCUACGCAGAGGAUUCAUGCAUUAUGCAGAUCACACAGGGGGACUGGUUUGCUGUGAAAGGGGAGAAAGAAAAACACAACUCCAUUGCGAAUUAUUACAAUACAUACACUCAACAACACUUAUAUUUCAAGAAAGAAAAGGCAUGAGAAAUGUAAUAAUUGGAGUGAAGUUCUUUUUACUUCUCCCUUGCCAAAUGCAGUUUUUUAUACAAUAAAAAGACUUUGGUGGCAAGAGGGGAUUUAUUUGUAUUUCCAUGCCAGGCUUUUCAGUGCCAGUCUUUGUUUUCCUUUAAGUAAACAGGAGUAUAUCCCAUGAGCAGUGCCCUCUCUUUUCUCACUUCUACUUUCAAAAUCCCCCCUCGCCUCCGCCUUCUAUAGCCUAGCACUUAUCUCUUUACUCCCUUGUGUAGAUUAUUUGUAGUGCCUCAUCUCCUUACCCCUGAUCAUUCUCCACACAUUCAUAAGAAACCCUUAUGUUUACACCCAAGUCUGCUCCUGCGUGCCCUACUUUCUCCUCCCUCUUCUCUCAAGUCGCGUCAUCCCCUGUGUACUCCCCUUUUUCUCAUUGCACAUUUGUGCUGCUCCCCAUGGACAGAGCCCUCCCCAUGGCCCUUCACCUAACCCAAUUCACACAUUGGUGGCAUUGCAGCGGCAUAAUAACUUUUAAUCGGCACAGUCUUCCCUGUGCACACGGUACUUUCAUGAUGGCCUUGGCUCCACUCCUGAAACAGGCAUUUCUGAUUGUCGCUCUGAGUGAGCAUAUGCCUGUCUCCUACUUGAUUAAAAGAAAGCCUGUGCACAUGAUAAAGGAGUGUGAGGUGAGAAAGAUGAAGACAGAAAGUGAGCAAAAGAUGCUACAGGGCUAAAGUAGGGAAAGGAGAAGUAAACAAAGAGAAGGGGGACCGUAAUCUUACACAGAGUUUCAGAACGUGGGCGAGCCAGCAGUAGACGUCACCUUUGCUUUUAAAAUAGUUAAUCUGCUCCCAGAGGGACAAUGACUGCUUUAAGUCCCCCUCCCUUCUCCCUCUCUCUUUUCUAAGUCCCUCCCCAGGGCUAAACCCCUCGGUGGCACAUUGCACGGAUUAGCUUGUGUUGUUGUUGCAUCUCUUUAGCUCUAGUCUAUAGCACCAGCUAUAGAUGCAAAUACAGCAGUUAAACUUUUUAAACUGGCAAAUCCACACACAGGAGUUUAUAAUUGUGGAUAGAAGGGGCUGGCAAUUUUGUAAUCUGAAGGCGUAUCGGGUGUUAAUACACAGAGUAAAAAAAGACAUGAACAGUAACUGGCUUUUUUCUUAAUAUGUAAUGUUGCAUUGCUUUUACACAACAUCAAUACUUCCGACUUGCCCUCACUACUUGUCUUGUUGUUGCACUUGAAUGGAAAGCAAAAAGAAAACUGCUCUGUUGAAAUGUGGAUCUAUCUCAUAUUUGUGAACACAGCCACCAGGGCACUUAGUUUUGCAAAUAAAAGUAUUUGGGUUCUUGCCCAGUGAUGUGCUCUGGUUGUAAUUUGUAUGCCAAUUUAUUGAAACUGCUUCAGCCUCUGGUUUGAGGGGUAAUUUUACCUUGAGCCUUUCUGAAAAAUGAAAGGCAGAUGGGGUUGGUUGAAUUCUGAUUCUUACCACAGAACAAUACUACCAUUACUGUAGCUGAUAAACUGUAACAUCACUGAGCAUAAUGAAAUGACAUGUCUCGAGAUUAUAUCUGUAUGCCCUCUAGAUUAUCUAUUCCAUUUGGAUUAAUACUGUGUACUAAAUUCAUUUUAAUGUAAACUUAUAAAGUCAAAUGUAAUUAGAGAGAAUGCAGCUCUGUGAGUCCUGUGGCCCUCAUCCAACCCCUGUCCCCUAGAAAUUACAUUUAUGUACUACUAAUUUGUUUUUCCAAUUAUGGUUUGUUAGGCAAGGUAAUUGUGGCCUGGAUUAUGUUACCUGCCAAUGUUUUUCUUUUUUGUUCUAGGAACUAUUACCUUUUUGUACUGAACAUAAGCCAUAAGGAUGCGAGUGACGCAGGCUUUCUGUGUUGGAGUAAAAAAUUAAGUGUAAUUACUUCCUUUUGAAUUUAGGUUGAAGGGCUUUAUCACUUCCGGAUAAAGAAACCUAUCACCUUAGACCUCUGUCCUCCUUCACCUCAUUCAGCCGACCUCGUCUGAGUCUUCUGUGCAUGCUUGCGGUCUGCUCUGCUGCUGCAGCACGAGGGGAUUAGCUGCCGCCGCUACCAUUGGUCACCAAGGUAGCAACAGUGCCCAUAGCAAUUCAGAAGGGCUAUUUUGCUCCCCAGCCGCAGUUUGACAACACUUCACUUGUCAGUUUCGGUCUUUUGACAGAUGUAGAAAUGGUGUCAAAGGGCACGUGUCUGUGUUCUUUUGCAGACAUGUCAGAAGCAGGCACACCUCUGUGUGCUUGUGAUUGAUUUUACAGUAAUGGCUUGGAUUCAACAUGACAGAAGGAUACAGACUUUGAGUCUCUUUUUACUUGCUUGUUGCUCUAACCCCCCCCAGGAGAGGAAUUCGUUUGAACAAGCUUUAAUUAAAGACAGCUGCUGGUCACACAAUAUUCUCACUUGCUUCAGCUGCAGAUAACAUUCGACACAAAUCCCGCUUUCCUGUUUGCUUACUUAAUUCCAAUAAUACGUGUGUCCUUCCGAUUAAAUAUAGUUAAAAGUGGCGAUAUGAAUCUGGACCUUCUUGUUAAAUCUACCAUCAUACAACCACUAAAACACCUCAUAAGCAUCCAUUGUAAUUCCAUCCUUACCUGUCAGUGUGGGAUUUUAAUUCAUCACAUUAAUAUGCCACGAGAGAAUGAACCUCUACAGUAUCAUUUCACAGAUGGCUUAUCUUUGCAGGAGAAAAAUGAAAAUGAAAAAUGAAGUCUUCUGGACUGUCGCACUGAAUUGGUUCGUCACAAACUAAAGGGACUACCAAUUAACAACCCGAAAGAGAGAAACAAAGACAAUAAACGAUUUGACAUGCAGUGUUAAAUGUUAUUUGCACAUGCUAAUGACUAUUAUUUAUUCUGGUCAAAGUUUUCCUGUAAAAUCGGACUUAGAUCAGAAACAAUGGGCAGUCCUGCCUGUAGUCAGCAUUGUGUGAUUACAUUUUUGAAUUUAUAACCUGCAGUUACUUACUACAUAAGAUAUGGGAUUGGCUGAUUGUGGGAUUUAUUUAUUUAUCUUUUAUCAAAAAAAUUCUAAAACUUUUACAAAAAAGUAGAUUAAGAGAAUGGAUUGACACUAAAGGACUUAUUUUACAUAGUUUUAGCACUUAAAAAUGGCUUAGAAAAAGAAGGAACUCAAAUGUACACAGAAAAACAAGCCUGAAAAAUUAGUCCAAGACAGGUAUAUCAUUGUGUUUCAUCGGGUUAAGUCCAAAAGUCUAAUGCUAAUUAUCUCAUUGUCAUUGUACUAGCCUUGUUUUGCAGAUUUAGUUUUAAAGUAACAAUAGUAAUCCGUAGAUCCUCCUUUAACAAUGAGACUAAAUGUUGUGGAGGAUCCGGACUGCAGCACUUAAGCUUUUAAGUUAAUUACACAAAGACAAAGUUUGCAUUUACACAAGCACACCAUGGUGUGUUUUUUUUUGUUUAUUAUUGCUUCAAAGACAAAAAAAAGAAGCCAAUUUUAAAAGUCCCUGCACCUUUUUUUUCUAAAAUAUUAGAAAGAAAUACACAAAGUGCAGCUUUUCCACUGUUAAGGUUGUUAAAGUCUCUUCAAACAAGAAGUCCUCCAAAUUCAUUUCGGUUAAGAGUCUUAAGCCUCAUUGUUUGACAAGACAUCUCCUUUGCAUUGUUUUCUGUUUAAAAAUUGCAUGUCAAUGGAGUUAAGUGCACAAAUGGUUAAAUGGUUUAAGUUACCGGAUGAGCAACUUGAUCCUCUUAUGUCUUUAGGGGUCCUGACUCUGUCAGUAAAGCACAGAUUUCAUUGUUGCAGCUAGCAGACUGUAAAGUGCUGUCUCUCAGGUUUUCUGUGUGAUUGUGUGCACGUGAAGGUGUGUGAGCAUGUGUGUGCAUGUGCGUGGUGCUACAGCCACUGUCCUUGGAUUAGUGAUGGUGGUGGUGCUGCUGGUGGUAAUGGUUUGGACGGGAUCAUAUCUGGUUGGAUGAGAGGAUUGGGUGGAGGGAUGGAUGUGAGGGAGGGGCAGGGUACUCCAGGGACUCAUAGUAAGAAGACAAAAGAAAGGAAAAAUGAGGAGAAAAAGUUGGUCUAUCCUCCUCUUUGUUUCCCUCAAAGGCCGGUGUGACAGCAGCUGAGGCCUGCUUACUGCUUUUGCAUUUCAGUUGAGUGGAAAUCUGAACCCUGAGCAACCCCUGUCCCUCUCCUCCUCUAUCUCUUUUUCCCUCUUGCUCCUUCAUUUGGUGUCUCCAGUUCCAUUAGGUUGAUUUACGUUAUUCAGACAAACUCAUUAAUCACGUUUUCCCCUGGAUAUAAUCUGUUUGUCAAUCUGAACCCUGGCGAGUAAGAGGGGAGUAAACCCCAAAAAAGGAGGAGUGACUGAGGUAAGCAAAGACGAGGUUGACAGAUGGAUAAUGUUCCACAGGAGGGUCACUUGGACUAAAUAACCAAACUGUGAUUACGUUCAUCUUUAUAGAUAUUUUGUCUGGGUGAGGAGAGCCAGGCUUGCGUUUAUCUCAAGAGCCAGAUGGACCAGAGUAAGAUAGAGAAACAUCAAGAGAGGACAUGAGAGGUAAAGCCAAAAAUGGGGGCAGAAAUGGGAAUGAAGAGGAAACCUGGAGACAGAGGGAGGGAGAUGGAGGGGAGAGACAUGUGAAGUCGAGGGAGGCUCCAGUCCCAGUCUUUUAGUCGAUGAUGAUGAAUUACUUUGACAGAGACAAUCAGGAUGAAAUGUUAAUGCGAGUGUGCUGGAGGAUGCAGUCUCAGCCAGACUAAGUCCUCCUAUGGGGAAAUGAGAUGGUUGGUUACAGCACAAACACACAAACACAGGCAGACAUACUGAAAUGCACACACAUGCGCCCAGAGAUACAUACAAUAAUAGAACAAACCUCUGGAGAAAUGGCAGUUAUAUUUGCUGGCCGCUAGUUUGUGUAUGUACUGGCGAUGUGCUAGAGUAAGCAAUGAAAUGUAUGAAAUGCCACCGCUCUCCUGACCUCUGUAUACAAGUAGGUGUGCAUAUGUCUGGUUAAUGUUUACUUCAGGAACCAAGGAGAGAUUUUUAUACAGUGUAACAGAGGCUGUGUGGGCCGCAGGGUGUGCUGUCACAAAACAACAGAAAACUUUAAAGCGUGAACACAUCCCGCGCUCUCUGUUUCCGCUCACUUGCUUACUUUACAGUGACGGCUGAUUCUCAGCAGCUCAUUGUCAAAAUACUUUCCUUUUUCAGAUUUAAAAAAAAAAAUCAUGCAAAAAAGGCCUGGAUCUAUGAAUGAGUCUGAACAGAUCCCACUAACUAUUGCACUGCUAUGAAAGGGCAUUCCUGGACUUCCGAGGAAUAACCCCACUACACUAUUAAUCAUCUGGUUGUUCAUCAUGAUCAGUUUCCAGUUGAACAUAAUAACAUAAUUGGUAAUUUCCCAAAUUUUCCUUUGUUGCGACUAUCAUUUAAAAAAAAAAAGUGCAAUCCACUGUUUAAUGAGAAGUUACUGAACUAAUUCCACUUCUAUCACUCUGAACUUUCCCUUGUGCUAAUUAGCAAAUCUUGGCGUUACUAUGAUGGCCCUAACUGCCAAACUUUUACACUUUUUCCCCCUAAAGAGAGUCAAAACAUCAGUCAGCUGCAAUAGCAUAUACUGCACAAAUGAAGGUGUACAGGUAUGGCACUGCGGGCAUAAAUCAAUGUCUUCUCGCUCUCAAUCAUUCAUCUUUGAUACAGCAUUGCUGCUCUUUUGUCUCUUUCAAACUUCAAAGUGUUUGAGACAAAGAAGGAGCCCCCCUCCGUAUGAUUCAUCAAACUCCCAUCAUCCUCUGGAUAAACAGCUAUGAUAGAUAUGUCUGCUUAACCAGACAUUAAAAGAACCUUUUUUUCAUCCCUUCUUUAGCACGCCUCGGCAACCGAUCCCCAAACUUUUUCUUAAACUCUCCUGAACGUUUGAAACCAUAUAAUUAGGAGGAACUGGUUUACCUGAUUGUGCUGAGAGUUUGUUGUCUGGCAUUCAGUCAGGCAGAGAGAGCUGUAGACAAAGAUAUCAGGCAGUGAGGGAAAUAACUAGGUUUAUUUUCAAGGUUUUGAUUGAAAGGAAGCAGUAAUCUUGGCAUUAGCUUAGCAUCACGGUGAGUGGGCUCGACUGGCUCAGGUUUCCCUCUGUGUGUCCCACGGUGUAAAAACCUGGGAACUGCAGGUAGGCGCACGCCCACCAUCCGACCAACUGACUGUAACACAACACCUGCAAGGGCAAGCACAUAACCACGUCUCAAAAACACUCACAACCCUCCAUCACUGCAGCCUCUCUCUGCGGUGUCUUCGCACUCCAUCCUUCAUCAUCACUCAGAUUGAGCACAAUAGUUCAGGGCUGAGGUUUACUCUGGCUCUCCUCACUUUUAUUUUCUCCCGUACUGCCCUUUAUGCUAGCAGGGUGUCGUAAAUGCACAUCUUUAGAAGUUGCCUGAGUGGGGUAACGCAAGAGGUUCGAAGGUUGCAGAUGAAAGGCAAAAGAUUCGGUCGAGGGUUUUAGCAGAAGGUUCACGUGUUUGAGGUUUCCUUCUAAACUCUUUGGUGGCGGAUUUAAAAGCAAGUUUUAACCCCUCCUACUUCCCAUCCAAAAAAAAUAAAAAAAGUAAUCAGGAUUUGUAGGCGUGAAAUGGUAGGCUGUUGAAGCUUUUAUCACUUGAGAGGAACAACACUUGGUGAAUUAUGGUGUGAAAAGGAGAAAAUAGCUAGAAUGGAAUGAAAGAGUAAUUGUAUCUUCCACCUUCCAAGUAAUUAUGCGUAAACAGGCUUUCUUCUAGUUUAAUGUGCACUUGUUUUCUGCAAAUUAUACUUAGCUUUUCUUUGUGUGACUCUUAAAUAAAUCUGUCUUUUAUUCUUGAUCACACAUAUUUUUUCUGUAUUGUUAGGGAAUAGACAAAAGUAUCUAGUGAUCGUGAUCCUAACACCCAGAUACGGUGACCUUUUUUUGGAUCCAAGAACAAAUGCAUUAGACGCUCCAAACAUAGCGUGGUAUGGUUUCAUAGAAAGUCUCUAGCGUUGUCUGGCCUGGUUCACCUCAGCUCCCACAAGGGAAAUAUACAGGCAUGAUGUAUGGCCCGAGCCACUGAAUUAAUGCAACAUUUCCAUUAGAAAAAUUGCUUGACACGGCCGAUAUAAGAAGUUAGUGAUCACAAAGAGGCUCUGACAUAGCAUGGAAAAUUACUUAUUGGAGAACCGUCAUCUGCACUUUGCUGAAAUUUGUGAUGGAAGGCAGAGACAGGGAAUGCAAUAUAUGUGAUCCUGUGCACGGGCUGCAUCUCCUAAUCGCUCAUGCAACACUUAAAAUUACACUUCGGCGCAAAUGUAAAUUGUGUUCUGAUGCUUACAAAAACAGAAAGGAGGUGAUUCAGAUUUAAUUUGACACUUUUUAAAUACGAAUUAGAUAUGAUUUUGAAGUCUGAAGUACAACCAGACAACCAGUGCUCAGUGUAAUGGUACACUGUAAUUAUUGCAUGAUUACUGUGCAUAUGAAAUCUCGUGAUGUGAGUCUUGGUUCCAGCAGCUUUAUAAAAACACCAUUGUACAAUACGUCUUAGCUCUGUGCGUCUGAAUUGCAGCUUUUCUUUUAAAACCUCUUCAUUGUCAAGUAUGGAACCCAAAGGUGGCUGUACUGCGUGUGUUCAUCUGUUUCGAAAUUACCUCACAAAAGAAAGCAGCAUGUAUUCUUACUUCCAUUACAAUAUGUACUUUUUCACUUCUAAACCAGUCAGGCAUUUAGAGCGCCACACAAACUUUCAUUACGAUUAUGCAACAAUCGGAACAUUGGGAGGAUUGUAUUUCUUCUCCCUGAGCUGAUCACAUAACAUUUUUAACUAGAUUCACUCUCAUCCUAGGGCUUUCCUUAUAUCCUGCUGCCUAAAUGAACUUGCAGAGCUGCGCGGCGUCUCCUCGGCAUUGAUUUUGUGGUCUCAUUAUAAAGAAUGCACCUCUCUUGUGGCACCAGUAUUCAUACAGCUCAUUACAUAAUGCUGGCAUUCAGUGUUUAUUAACUUUUGCUUCAGCGCCUGCCAUGCGAAUGCUCUCAGUUUUAGGAUGUGUUUGCCAGUAAAAAACACGGAUCCACAGAUCAUGUGGUAAGAGGUUAAUUCUUACCUGUUAUUUGAGACCCCAAAUAUACUACAUGUACCGAAACCCAAAGCAUACCUCGAGUUUACUGUGGUUUCGUAAUAAUCCACCCUCAUGGAUGCUAGGGCUGUCAUACUGAAAAAAAAAGAAAAUUGGUGGAUAUUACAAUAAUGUAUUAUUGUAGGGUGUUUAUCUUACAAUAUAAAACACCUAGAGGCCACUUUUGUGAUUUGGUGCUUGAACUGACUUAAAUAUUCGUUAGCAACAGUGUCAACUCCUCUCCCUCCCCUCACUCUAGCAGCUGAACACAUGAACUGUAUGAGGAAAUUUGAGAGGUCAGUAAAGACCCCCAUUUAACAACUCUGAAAUUAUUAUAAAUGUUAACCUGGCACCUUAAUGUUUUAACUAUUAGCAAUUACCUGAUAGCUAAAAUGGCUAAUAAUGUAACAUUAAGGUGAGAGUUUCCCAUCUGUAAAUGCAUUGGAUGGUGUUAAUUAAAUGAGAUAUCAGGAGAAUUUGUGUCUCAAAGGUCUUUCUUAAAGCCCCAGAUUUCAGCUGAGUUCUGUCUACCAGCAAGUAGACAGAGAUAGCGAUAACCUGCCUAACCAACUCUAUUUGAGACACAGUGUCAGCAGUGAGUCACCAGAAGCACACCAACACCUCAGACAACACAAAUUUUUUUUUCACCCAGAAAAUUAUAUUGAGUAUUUUCCUGUGUAUUUAUAUUAAGUUUGAAAUUCUAGUAUUGUAGGAACCUUAAUGUAUGCACAAACUUAAAGGUGCUUUUUAAAAAGUUUUUUGCAGACUUGCAACUCAUUACGAGUUUGGGCGUGGCUUUAUGAAUAAAAAUAAAUGUUAUUUAUGCUUUACUUUAUAAGACUAGAAAUAAAAAAAACAACAUAUUUGUUCACAUUUUAUAUUUUACAUUAAAAAUGUUACAUUACCACGGGCUACCACUGAGUCAUGGCUUGCCUUUGGACAAGCUUGCGUUUAUCUUGUUAUGAAACGUGUCUUACGUCUAGCUACAGUAGCAUGUGCAGCGUGGGCAUAGUGACACACUAAUUACACUGAUCGGCCUGGCUCUCAUCAGGUUUACAGGCAUAGACAGUGGUUUGUAAAGGAUUACUAGGUUAUAUCACUUCCCUUGUGUUUCAUUUAAGGCAUUUUGUCUUCCUUUGCAUAAAUGUACUCAUUUAUCCAUAUCCUGUUCUCCUGCAGGGUACAUUAUUGGCAGUUAAGCCAAAAUAGCAUUCAAAAGUCUUCCCUUUGUCAGAGUUGGUAACUGUACUUGUUAUAUUGUGUUAGCUCAUCCUUUGACAAACAGUAAUAACAAUCUCCGCUGCAGACUGACAACAUUCAGAACUAUUUGCAGGUGUUCUGUGUUGUGUAACAGAUUUCAUUUCCAUACAUUUUGUUUUGGACACUGGUGGGAUGUCUCAGUGAUCUGCCUGCUGGAGCAUUGUCAUUUCGUUCAUUAGUACAGAGCUGGAUGUGAGCUGCAUCACUCCUACAAUAUGGUCUGAGGAGAUAACAAUUCAGACAGAUUCAUUCUGUACAUUGGCAAUACAACAGCUACUGUGGUACAAUGCGUUGUCAGUAAGUGACUGCGGCCUCGUGCUGCGGCAGGAUUGAAUGUCCUGGUUUAUCACAGAUGAUUCAUAUUGCUAUUGGAUAUGAUGCACUAACACAAAACAAGAUACUCUGUUAUCAGUAUCACAAUAUCACGGGCUAACACAGGCCAUAAUUGUGUUUAGUUUAUUCCAUUCUCCAUUAUAAAUAUAUGUUUCCUGUCAUAAAAGAGCGAGCAUCUGUGGGAGGAGUUUUUAUUCUAUUUUGAAGAUGGAUUUGGGGUUUGGUUGCGGGGUGUGCAGGGAAGUGAAAGAGAAAACGUAAGGUAUACAGACACUGACUGAAAAUGUCUGAGACAGAUAAUUAGAAAAGGACUGAGAAUGUGUACUCGCGGUGUGCUUUUCUCUUCCUGAUCCGUGGCCACCUUAAUAGAGAUUAGGAUCAUGCUCAGUCAGAUCUGAUAGGCCUGUUGCUGUGGAACGGAAGGCCAGCCAGUCAGUUAUCAGCGAGGACACAGACUCAGUCACUUAGCAUAAUGGAACCUGCAUCAAAUGAACUGGGAGCUCAACGAGAAAAAUGUCAUUAACAGAGCUGAAAUGAUUUUGUGUGAUGGUAAAAUCAGCAAAUUAAAUCAAGGUGCAUUUGCAGGCUUUAUGACAGAAACAGAUGCACAUAACGUGUUAUCCAGCAGCCUCAUUUACAAGGUUACAUGGCAUUUAUAUACAGCAUGUGCUUCUUUCUUUGGACCCAUUACUUAUGAUAUGUGUACGUUGAUGUUCCAGUGUUAGCAGCACAGGGUUGUGAAUUCUUGCAAUAGCCUAAAAACAACUUCGGAUUGAUUGUCAAAAAAACACUUGAACAUGCUGUAAAGUGUGCUGAAUGGAAAUAUAUAGUGAUGACUGCAUUAGGUACACAAUGAGGCACUGACAGAGACUGUAUCACACCUCGUAAAACUCUGAAGCACACCUAUUAUGAAGAAGCAGGAGGCUGCGAGAUGUGAAAACUGCACCAGAUGGAUAGAACAACAGAAAAUCAUAACACCUCUUAUUCAGUCCCUGCAGGCCACCCUCUUAUAUCCUGUGUCUGCUUUUCUCGUUUAGUUGCAAGCAGAGGGAAAGAAUGCAACAAAAACAGCUGCAUAGGUUGACCGUUAAAGCAUGUGCCAAUCUAAAACAACGACACAAAAGGCCACAAGAAUUAUGAAUUUAUAUGUGGUAUAUUCUUUGUCUUUUUCUGGUUAGUCACAGAUAUGUGUGAUGCAGGAUUUUUAGAUUUUUUACAUACAUGUCAUAUUGAUUACAACUUUGUUUAUUUAGUCAAGGUCCAGAAAGGAGAAAAGAAAUGGAAUUUCUUUCCUCCACAUCUCCUUGAGCCUUUUAUAACCAUAGUAAAAACCAUUUAGCGAGCCGUCGUUGAAUAUUGACUCUGAGACUUUUCUCAUUUACAGCCCAGGCCUGUCGAGGAAAAGGGUUUGCAACUAUCCAGCUCUUGGGCCAGAAUACAGCUAUUGUUUUAUUGAUUGCUCAUCCUCUUUUAUUUGUGGGGGAAAAAAUACUCCGGGGACACAAUGUCCCUCAGCUUCUUCUCCUAUGCUUCUCUAAAUGCCCACACUAAUUUCUGCUGUGACUCAGAAAACUUAUGCAUGGAUUGCUGCAAGUUUAUCCUGCUUUCCCCUCUUCCUCCUAGUGAACUUUUUUUCUGCUUGUAGAAAUUACAUAAAAAAUCAUUUUAGGGCUCAUGCAUUUUGGAUUUGGAAGUACCGCAGAAAUGGAUUUUUCUGUUAUGCUUCUCCCUGCUGAUGGCUCAGCUGAUGUUUACUAAAGACAAGAGUCUGAGUUUCAUUUAGUUCUUCCUGUAUUGGGCACACAUUUCUAAAUAUGUUGUCAUAUGUUUCCAACCCCAGGCACCCUAAUUUAAAGCAUUACUUGACUCACUAACCUUACAGACUUGAGGUCCCAGGUCUGUUUUAUGACUAAGCAUAGCAUGAAAGGGUGCAGCAGUGCCUGAAGGCACCCUGCAGUUGGCCUUCAUGAAGUGAGUUUCUAAGUAAAAUGCGCAUUAUGCCGUGUGACAGUUUCAACACCCCAAUCGCUGCUCCACAGGGCACCACUUCACUCAUUCCAGCAUCUGUCUCCAUAGAGUUAAUGCGGCAUUUAGCUCAGUGGCAUUCUGACUCUUUUUUUUAAAAAACAUACAUAUCUUCCCUCAGUCUCAGUUGGUGUCGCUUGGCUGCUUUUGCUCUUUUGACAAGGUUUUAACUUAACAGCACAGACAGCUGAUCUUUACUCAAAAUGACCAACUAUGUGUAUUGACAAAAAAAUGACCUGAUGUUACAAGACAUAUUAAGAGCAAAGGGACAGGCAAUAUUAAGAAACUGAGAUAGAAGAGUUUCAGACCAAAGAGAUAAUUGGAUCAAAAGAGACAGAGAAGGCCAUGUGCUACCAAGCAUGUCCUUAUCAGCAGCAAUUUUCUCUGCUUUGCCCACACAGCUCUGUAUCAGCUGCUUGCAGAGUGAUUAGGGUGCCCUGCUAAUAUCGUCACAACCAAUGAUUGACAGGGCUGGAAAAAGCUCUGAUAUUUAAACGUGUAACCUCCUGUUUUUUGAGGGGGGGGGUCUCUUAAGCAGCCGUUGUUUGUGUGAUGUGCGUUGGGCUUUGUGUUGGGGUGUGUGUGGUUGAAUGUGUGUCACUGAGUGGGUCUUGUUUUGAUUCAUAAAUGCCUUUUUCAGACGAAGCAAAGGAAAGGAGCAACCUACAUCCCACAUUCACCUUUUUCUUCUCUGCUGCUGUUCUCAGGGAGAUUUAGAAAUAUAAUUAGUAGAAAGAGAGAUUCGAGAAAAGGAGGAAUGAUGUUAAUAAGGGAAAAAUGUUUUCAUUAUGCCUGAGAGAGGUAGUGAGGGAACAUUUUGGGCAACUUGUUAUGUGGGCCUGACAAAGAGCAAUAAAUCAAGACUUAGAACAAGAGUCUUUCUGACACUGGGUUAAGACGCUGCAGGUUAGGUGCUAAAUGCUGAACAUGUUCACAUGCUAAGGUGGAAAAGUUUAUCUGGCAUCUACCAGAUAUAUUAAUUAAUAUUAUAUAUAUUAUAAGCAUCCUAAUAUUUGCUAUUGUGCAUACAAAGCAAAUUAUAGGCUGUUUUCAUCUGAUCAUGGCACUAGAUGAUACAGGAAAGUAAUUAUCCAGUACGAAAUAUGAAGGGGUGCAGCAAAUUUUACAAAUUCAUUUAUUAAGCAAUCAGGAAACAUACUGGUUAAUCUGCUGGCUUGAUGUGUGCUAAAGGCUCUGGCCAGUUUGGGGGAUUUUGGGUGUAGCCAGCACAUGUCCUGGCAAAGAUCUUAAGUUCUGUGCAGAAAUUGCUAAAGCAGAAAAAUGUAAAAAUUUGUAAUAAAAAACUAAAUGGUCACCAGAUUAUAGCUAGUCAUUAUCCAGUGCAUUUUGGCAAAAGCCAGCCCUCAUUUGCACUGAGCAUGGACUGUUAACUUGCAUGCAAUCAAAGCCUGCUGUGACUUGACUGAUCAGUAGGGCAUGGACUGCAGUGUACUUGCACUUUUCUAGUCUUCCUGAUCACUCAAAGACUACAAGCUACAUUCAUACGGCGCUUUAUUCUGCACACUUCAACCACUCUAUCGGCCUUGGAAUCAUUCACGUCUUCAGACUGUGGGAGGAAUACCUGGAAACCCGCGCAGGCACAGGGAGAACAUGCCUGCUCCACACAGAAAGACGCCAGCUGGGUUUGAACCAGGAACCUUGUUGCUGUGAGGUGACAGUGCUAACUACUGCAGCACCAUGCUGCCAAAAAUGAACUAAGAAAAGAAAACAGAUUUUUUUCCCACCAAAAACGUGUUGAUUCCACUAAAAACAAAAGAAUUUAGCAUUAUUUCAAACACAAUACAUACAGUUUUUUAAAUGGCAAAAUAAGUUUGCAUUGCAACUGCUCAGUAUUAUGGUGGAUUCACUAACUGCCUGACCAGUUCUGCCAUUGCUAGAGCCAUGCCCUCUUAGCAGCACAGUAACAUGUCAGCAGUAAAAUGCACGCUAUUUCCCUUUAUCAUUUGUUUCUAGCAUUUAAACUAACUCUACCUCUGUCUAAUAUAUUUGUCUUGAGGGUUAAACAUUUAUCUGUUAGAGGUUUUCCAGGGUAAAUUUGGAAGCUCAUCUCUGGCCCAGCAGCCCAACAAGUUCCUGACCUACUUUCACAAACACUGUAGAGUGGUAGUUAUCUCUUCUCAUCUUUCUCCUCUGCUGAUUUGUGCUGGUGGCGAGGUUGGUGUGAUGUCAGUUUACUUUGGAUCAUUCUCAGACAGUGAACACGCAUUAACCUUCCCUCCUUUUCCCCUCCCUGCUUUGCUAUCUUUUCUUUUCCUUUCCUCGUGUCUCUUUUAGGUUUCACUUUUUUCUUUUAAUCCUCAUUUCUAUAUCUAUGGUAAUUUGCUACGAAGAGUGUCCUGAAAACGUCCUGGAAAAGGAUAUCCAUUGCUUCACAACAGAUAAUUGUUUUUAAUGAUUAAGAAUCACAGAGGCAUGUCGAGGCCUAAUAGCUGUUAGAUCACAGAGGCAGUGUUAUAAAGAUAGGCACUUAUCACCGGUCUCUGAAUAUCUUUGCUAGGUUACAGUUGUUUCAAGUUGGCACUUUGCCUCUCUAUUCCCAUGCUGUUCUCCUGUCUCUCUUUUUCCCCUUUUUUUCCCCCUCUCUUCGUCUUUUUGAGUCGUCUUUGGCUGUCCUCCAGAAUCAAUCCGUCACCUCUUUAAAGGGAGACGUUCUCGGAUUUUGGCUUCUGUUUCCAUAAAGAGCCUAAAGCGACAGGGUGCCUCAUUCAUGUCCACUUCAUUGUCUUUUAAUAAUCAAACCAUGAUGGAUUACCACCAUACAGAUAUUCGUUUCAAAGCAGCAUCUGAGGGAUGAAAAACGAAGGAGGAACAGGAAAACACCAGUAUGCUUUUUGAUAGCUCAAGGAUUGUUGUAGGAGUAUGCAUGCUAGUGUGUGUCUGUCUGUGUGUGUUUAUAUUGGAUGCUAGUUUGGCUCUUGGUCUCAGAAAGACAGACAAGUUCCUCCUUCUCACUCUCUUUCCAUUCGCUCUUCUUAUCACGGCCUCUUGGGUUCAGGCAGACAGCUCCUCCUGUCUUUUCUCUCUGAUUAUCAGGCCAGGACUGACAAGGUAAACACCUGGCAAGGUAUCCUCCCCAUUUGGGAGCCCUAGGUGGUUGGAUGUGUUCCAUUUUUUUUAUUCCCAUAUGGUGGAUCAAUGCAUUGCUCUCACCUGUCUGUCUUUUCAACCUUCUCUGCCUGGUCCGAUUCUCAUCUGCUUUCAUACUUCACCUCCAAACAGCAUUUCUUCCAGCAGGCCUGUGAACAGGUGACAUAGUGGAUAGUAGUGGCAUCUCGGUUAGGGUUUAGCAAUAUGAUAUUUCUGUGGCUGUGUUGUAAAAGCGUCUGGUUUUAGUGCGGUCUGGUGAUGUGAUUUGUGCUGUGUUAACACGCGUGUGUAAAGCCUGUUUCUUCUCUUUAACGCUGGGAGAUUGUCACACAACAGAAACUUCUGAAGUUUUUGGAAUUACCCUGCUGUCACUCAUUCACCUUUAAAAUCACUUUAGCUUUCAUUGGGUUCCAGCAACUCUGAAAAGCAACAACCAUACAAAGUACUACUUACUCUCAGACAUACUUUUUUUUUUUUUUUUUACUGGUUUUACUGAUGUUUGAACCCUUGCUUUAUCUCUUGUUUGGAGGUAUUUUGUCAGUUCUGAUUCCAUUUGUCCAGGUUUUGAUCCCUCUCUUUUUACUUUUCUGCCUCUACCCAAGCACACUGCAGGUGACUCAAAUCACAGAAACACAAAAUGACUUUUAAAAAACACACACACACACACACAUAAUAGUUUCUCUUCUUCACAGAACAUGUGUCAACAAUUUUCUUUGGAACUAUUUCUUCAGGAGUAGUUCCAAAAGGACUACACGUAAUUAGGCCAACACUUUCAUUACUACUGAAAAUUCACAAAAGAGAUAAAACGAAUACUAAUGUGGCCUCCAUUAUGUAUAUUGUGAAAUUCCAAUUACAGAUACAAAUGGCUGCAACUGCUGUAAAUGUGGUGACUGACCAUAAUUACAGACACGUACCAGCACAUUGCCAGUAAGCUACCCUUCUCUUUGGCAUUCCUGUCAUCUGUAAAACCUUCAAAACCAAUCUGUGGACAUUACCCAGAUUGCCAAAUAUAAACACAAGCAGACUGCGCUCGUAUCAAAGCUGUCAGACAGCAUUUACCAGAAGCUGUUACUUUAAAACCUUUAUAUGGAACACAUCCUCCAUUCCUCGAGAUGAUCAAAAAGCCAAUUGCAAAAACAAAUGUCUCUUAUACUCUGUAAUGACAAUGAGAUGUUUGAAAAUAUCAUCAUCUCUGCUGUGCAAUUUGUCUGAUGAGAGAACAUUAGGCACACCCACACAAGAGGUCUGUUCUGUAAAGCUGUGCCUUGUAAAUCCACCUAUACGUAGCAGCAAUCCAAAGGCAAGGUCUCAAGUACAGACUGAUGGCCGUGAAGUGAAGUUAAGUGCGAACGAUCAAACACAAAUACAUGAGUAUCCACAGGAGUGUGCAGCAAUUGCAGCAAAGCUGUCAUAAAUAAACUCCUAUCUGAUCAUACAGCGCUACAGUUACACUUGGUUAACGCUAACACACAGUUUGGGUCAAAAUGUAGGAAACAAAAAUAAAAAGCUGCCUUUUGUGUUAAAUUCUGCUUUUUGUGGACCCGUCCACCCACCCAGACAGCUUCCCUCUUCAGGCUGUAUGGCUUUGUACCAAUUUCACAUCACACUCUUCUGAUAGACAAUCCUCCUAUAUGGCUUUGUCUCUCAACAAAAUUGUUGUUUUUUAGCUAACAGACUGUCGCUGCUGUUUCUCUUGGGCUACCAGCAAAUUCAGAAGCAUCAGUCUUUCAUCAGCCGGUCUCCUCCACAUGUAAUUGAAUGGCAGUCUCUCACUCCACUGCAAUUAGCAAAGUGGGGACUUCAGAAGAUGAACAUUUGGGACCUUGUCAAGGCUAACUAGGUGUGUAGGUGUGUGAUUGUGUGCUUUACGUUUGUUUGUAGAUUUAACGAGACCGACAAACAAACCUAUAGCUAAAUGUUGCCCAACAUUUCCUUCCCGUUCAUCACCUAAAGCGCACUAUGGCUGACCUUGUCUUUAUAAUAAAUGUGUGUUAUUGUGUUCAUGUUUAAGCUCCAAGCAACCAUAGUUAACAUGUUGAUGCAACAGCAGCAAUAACAUAAUUAGGCAGCUAAUUUGUUUAUUGUUAAAGGUAAUGCAGCUUGGGUCAGCUGCCCCCACGGGUAGCUGCCUGCAUCUGUGAUUGUUUGUCUUCUUCGAGAUGUAUGCGUUUGCUUAUUGCUUUAUCACUGGGAUUUAUGUGUGUUUUUUCAGGCUCUCUGCUUCUAGUUUUGCGCACCACAAGGCAACUGAGCGUGAAUGUGCCCGCAUGCACAUGUGUGUUAUUCAUAAGAUGAUGUGGUACGGCGAGGGAUUCUGGGGGGUCCUUGUGUUUUUAUUACCUGCUGGCGGCCUCCUGCCAACAUCCAGCUUGAUUAACUCCACCCCCUCUCUCGCGCGCACACACAAAGUGCUACUUUAUCACUACAAGUCUGCAGGAGUUGUAAAGGAGCAGCAGCUAAGGUUCUCAAAAUGUUAUUAGCUAUUAAAAGCCUGAGUAGGAGACAAAGGGAUCCACUGUUCCACUUUAUUUCUUACGACACUUUGUCAACGAGAGCUUUUACAAAAGAGGAAAUCCACACGCUCCCACCUGUGCGAUUCAGAUGUUUGCUAGCAGGCUGAGGCAAAUCUCUAGUAGAGGACCAGCAGCAGCAGUGUUGGUGCGACCAUGAGGUCAGAGGCCUUGUUACUCUACUUCACACUACUGCAAAUAGCCGGGGCGGGCUUCCCCGAAGACAGUGAGCCUAUUAGCAUCUCACACGGCAACUACACAAAGCAGUAUCCAGCAUUUGUAGGCCACAAACCUGGAAGGAACAACACGCAGCGGCACAAACUGGACAUUCAGCUCAUCAUGAUUAUGAACAGGACAUUAUACAUCGCUGCCAGGGAUCAUAUAUACACAGUGGACACAGACACUGCCAACAGUGAAGAGAUAUUUUUCAGUAAGAAAAUGACAUGGAAGUCCAGACAGGGAGAUGUGGACACUUGCAGAAUGAAAGGGAAGCAUAAGGAUGAGUGUCACAAUUUCAUCAAAGUCCUUCUGCAGCAAAAUGAAGACACCUUAUUUGUUUGUGGAACAAAUGCUUUCAACCCCUCCUGUCGGACCUACAAGAUUGACACCUUGGAGGCUCAGGGAGAGGAGAUCAGUGGAAUGGCGCGCUGUCCGUAUGAUGCCAAGCACGCCAACGUUGCCCUCUUUGCUGAUGGCAAGCUGUACUCGGCCACCGUUACAGACUUUCUAGCGAUCGAUGCGGUCAUCUAUCGUAGCCUUGGAGACAGCCCGACUCUGCGCACUGUCAAACAUGACUCCAAAUGGCUGAAAGAGCCCUACUUUGUCCAGGCAGUCAAUUAUGGAGACUUCAUUUAUUUCUUCUUUAGGGAAAUUGCUAUGGAGUACAAUACAAUGGGAAAGGUGGUGUUUCCACGGGUGGCGAGGGUUUGUAAGAACGACCGAGGCGGAUCGCCGCGUGUUCUGGAGAAGCAGUGGACCUCGUUUUUAAAGUCUCGCCUGAACUGCUCCAUCCCUGGCGACUCCCAUUUCUACUUCAACAUCCUGCAGGCUGUGACCGAUGUCAUUCACAUCAAUGGGAGGGAUGUAGUGAUGGCAACUUUCUCCACGCCUUACAACAGUAUUCCAGGUUCGGCAGUGUGUGCCUAUGACAUGGCGGAGGUGGCCAACACGUUCACAGGGCGUUUCAAAGAACAGAAAUCACCAGACUCCACCUGGACACCUUUUCCUGAAGAGAAGGUUCCCAAGCCAAGGCCUGGCAACUGUGCUGGUACUCCACCGAUGGAGAGGUAUAAGGUAUCCAAUGAGUUCCCCGAUGACACACUCAACUUCAUCAAGAUGCAUCCUCUGAUGGACGAGGCCGUACCCUCCAUUGCUAACAGGCCCUGGUUUCUCAAGACCAUGGUUCGGUAUCGUCUGACGCGCAUUGUGGUGGACAAUGAGGCAGGGCCGUAUAAAAACCACACAGUAGUAUUUCUGGGGUCUGAGAAAGGCAUCAUCCUCAAAUUCUUGGCCAAGAUGAACAACGGCUUCCUCAACGAGAGCCUGUUUCUUGAGGAGCUCAGUGUCUACAACCCUGACAAGUGCAGCAUAGAUGGAGUAGAAGAUAAGCGCAUCGUAGGUAUACAGAUAGACAGCAAGAGUCACGCUCUGUGGGUCGCCUUCACCUCCUGUGUGGUUAAAGUGCCGCUCUCUCGGUGUGAAAGGCACGGGCGGUGCAAGAAGUCCUGUAUAGCCUCCAGAGACCCAUAUUGUGGUUGGGUCCCAGAAGGAGCCUGCAGACAGGUGGUUGGCAACACUAAAUCAGCCUUUGAGCAGGACGUGGAGCAUGGCAACACAGAUGGCCUGGGUGACUGCCAAAAUACAUUUGUGGCCCUGAAUGACGUCCCUUCCAGUUACGAAGGCCACCAUCACCACCGUCACCACCACACCCUCUCCCUUCCCACCUCGGCCCUGCCUGAGGCCGCGGAUGGCCCCCUGGGCCGGGGCCGCAUGGUGGAGCGGAAGGACCCCCCCAUGAGUUCAGACAAAGGGGAGGACCCCUACAUGGCCGUACCCUCUCAGACUCAGCCAGAAGCCAAUGGCGUGAUCCGUGAGAGCUACCAGAAGGGUCGUGACCAGCUGGUUCCUGUAACCCUCUUGGCCAUCGCCGUUAUCCUAGCAUUUGCCAUGGGCGCCAUCUUUUCUGGCAUCAUUGUCUACUGCGUCUGUGACCAUCGUCGUCGAGACAUGGACCUGACGGGCCGUAAAGAAAAGGACACCCACCACCUCCACUCCCGCCGGGGAUCCAUGAACAGCGUAACCAAGCUGACGGGUCUGUUUGAGACGCAGGCCAAAGAAGGUCGCCCCGAGGCAAUUCUCACACCUUUGAUGCACAAUGGAAGACUGACGCCAAAUGGGAAGAUGCUCAUAAAAGCAGACCAACACCACCUGGACCUUGCGGCUCUGCCAACGCCUGAAUCCACCCCCAUGCAGCCGCGUCGUAAGCCCAGCCGGGGAAGCCGUGAGUGGGAGAGAAACCAGAACCUCAUCAACGCGUGCACCAAGGACAUGCCACCAAUGGGGUCGCCUGUUAUCUCUACCGACCUGCCACUGAGGGCCUCACCGGGGCACAUCCCUAGCGUUGUAGUCCUACCUUUGCAGCAGCAUCAGCACCAGCUUCAGCCUCAUCUGCAACAGCACCAGCAGUCCUACCAACAUGAGUAUGUGGAGCAGCCCCAUCACAGUGAUAUGAGCAUGGGCCACGGUGUACUGGACGACCAGGGGGCUACCCUGGAGUACAAGACAAGCAAGAGCCCGUGCCACAACCUCAACAUGGCUGAUCCAGAUGCGGUGCUGCCACCUCGUGUGCCACAGCGGGAGGCCUCUCUCACCAUCCCACCUGCUGUCCCACAGAUGGGCAAACGCCUGGAGGUCCACUCGUCAGUCUACGGGCUUCGGAAAGGAUCAGCAUCUGGUGCUUGUGGAUCCUCCGCCCUCAAGAAACACAACACCAACUCCUCUAACUCCUCCCAUUUGGCGAGACAUCACAGCUUCAACCGUGUUGAGACUCCACCACCUGCACCUCAGAGGGUGGACUCCAUACAAAUGACAGCACAGGGCAUAUCUCUGUCAAGGCAGCCUGGAAUGAGCUCCUACGGAUCACUGCCUCGAACGGGCGUCAAAUAUCUCAAGCCUGAUGUCCCCCCCAAACCCUCUGUAGUCUCGCUCUCCACAAAAGUCAAGUCCAGUGACUCUGGCACAUAGUUGGGUUGUUAGCCUGUCGGUCCAAUGUGAACAGACAGUAGUGAAAGGCGUUUUCUGGCAGAGAGAAAAAACAGGGAAUACUGUACAACUUGCAUCUCCUUUUUGUGUUUUUGUUUGUUUUUUGGUGUACAGUACAGUGGAAAUGCAACACAGUUUUUUUUCUUAAAGAAAACACUUUCUUUUUAUAUAAAUAUGUAAAUAUUAUACCAUGGUUGUUGUCGGUUGUGGCAGUCAUCGAGCUCAUGCUCUGGCUGGCACACAGCUCCUCUGUAAACACACAUGGGAACAUGUGCUACUGAAAAAGAAGAUGAUGCUUGUCCUGAAUAUUUCAUCCAUUGGCACCCUGUAGCAUUCAAGACAGUGGCUCUCUUGUUUGUGGUGUCUUUGUUUACUGAGACUUGAUUUGAUACUUCGUCAUGCUGGUAAAAGCACAUACGAAGACGUCACAAGGGGGUUGGAGAAUAAUUGUUGUACAAUACCUUGAGGACAGGAGGAUCUGAGCAAACAAGCACUCAGAGAGAACGAGUUUGGACUGAAAGGACAGACAGCUGCCUGAGUUCUGGCGGAAACUGUGAAAAGCCUCUCAGUGUUACAGCAAUCAAGUCCUGCCUGGGCAUGACUGAAAGCCUGGGCCAGAAGAAUCUUCUACUGUACUGGUGACUGAAUAACACAUGACUGUUAAUACUAAUAGCUUGUUGUAUUUAUUUUUAUUAAGUGCUUUUGAAAAACAAACAGACUGACUUUCUAGGCUUGGAGAGAAAGAGGACAAAGAAGAGAUCUUUUAAUAUUAAUUAAUCAAGAGUGAGGAAGAAAAUAUUUAAAGUCAUUAAACUGGAGCCAGUAGAACUUUCUUAAUGACUAAAGUUCAACUAGGUCUUACUGUGUGCUCAGUGGGACCUGCAGCUUGAGAAUAUACGUGACCUCUUUGACGACGAGGAGAUAUUUAUUUAAACUGUGCCAGACCAGGACUUUUACUUUUACGGACCAGAAUCUCCUUUGUUUUAGACCAAUCAUUUAAAAAAAAGAAAAGAAAGAAAGAAAGAAAUCCUGAACCUCACCCUUUCACUCCUGCAAUCAGCACUGUGGUUUUGUGUGAGUCCCAAACAUUUGUCCUGAUUGGUUGCUGGCUUACUGGUGCCAUCACAGCUCACUGUUGCAUGUUGCAAAUAUAAGAGAAGCAGCUGCAGCAACCGCACGGGGGGAUCUGCAUACAAAAGGAAGCUGUAAGUGAGGCUGCAAGCAAACGAGCGGUGCCUCCAUCUUGGAACGUAUCGUCUUUUCUAGCGGCGUCACGCGGAAGAGCGGGCGAAAAAAAGGAAAUUAUAGGAACAUCUGUCUUGCCUGCUUCUUUUUCCACAUGUAAAUUUGUGCCUUACACCCUGAAGUAGUGACAAUGUUUUCUUUAAUAGCUGUUAACUCUGUCUCCUUGUUGUAUUUUUUUAUUUUCUGUUUUUUUUUCUUAUGUCAUGAUAUUUCCCUUGUUUGAUAAAAAUGCAAUUAAAGAAUGUAGGUGUUAUUGUUGUAAUUCUGGUCCCUAGACAAAACACACUUACAGACCAGAGGGAAGAGAGGAAGGAGCAAUUCCUUUCUUCAUUCACACACUCUCGCUCUCUCUCUCUCUCUCUGGCACACACACAUAAACACAUGCACACAUACACACACACACUCAUCUUUGUGAUUCAUUUCUGAUUGUGCCAUUAAUGCGCUUAAAACGACCCUUUAUGUUGUGCUGGCAGUGUCGAUAAAGACUUUGUGAGUGUUUUUCAUUUCCUGUUUUAUACAAAGUCCUGGUAUUUGUUUUUACUUGUUUUUGGUGUUCGUUUGGAGUGAUGGUUAAUUGGUUAACGGAACAAUUAACAUUUGUUGCUUAAGGAGGCCAACGUAGGUGUAUCUUCCCUUGGUGCACUGCGAUAGCACCAUAGCAAGCGUACAGUACGAGAUACACGUGAACACCCAGCGUACUAACACAAGUCGAGGCUUCUUGCGCGCAUUGAAACAUUCACUUGUUAGACGGUUGCAUAAACAGGCUGGUUCCUGUGGAAAAGAAAAAAAAAGAUGACAUUUUGAAACAACACUAUUAAAAACUGUACAUUAUUUAACCCCCUUUUUGUAAGCGAACACAGUUUGGGAAGUUUAGAGAUUUUUUUAUUUUAUUUUGCCUCACUAACUCUCAUUAUCAAAGCCUUAUGAAUGGCUGAGAGUUUAACUAAUCAGAUGAUUUCACUUCCUUUUUACUUGAGGGUUUUUAUGGAUCACCCCACACUGAAACACUUAAGUCAUUGGAGCACUCCCUUAGUGUUGUAUGUGUAGAUAGGUUAAAGUUUUCUCGAUAUCAAUAUUCUUUCUGGAGGAAAGCCAAGAGUGUCUCAGUCCACAGCUCGAAUAAGACUGACAUGCAGGAUCUGGGACCUGACUAAUGUGUACAUAGAUGCUCGAAGGGAAUGGUUGCUCGUGACGAGGUCAUGGGCAAUGGAUUAGUUCAAAAUAUGAACCGAGAGGAACGCGUCCCAUCUAAAACAUGGUCCGGGAUAAAGCUGCAACAGUUAUAGCAUCGAUUAACUUGAAGCGAGGACCUUCAAAGUUCAGAUACGCAUAGACGUGUGUUCACUCCAGACUUUCAUAAAACUACUUUGCUUUAAAUUAGUGUCU